GCUCCAGGACCGGCGCGUUCCAACCGCGGAGUGGGGUGGGUGGGGCCGCAGGCAGGGCUCCCGCCCCCCUCCUCCCUCCGUCCCUUGCCUUCUAGGUCCCGGGGCGGGCGACCCACUCAGCAGACACUGCCCGAGCUGGACAAUCUCCGACUGGCUCCCGGCGAAGCCUCCCAGAGGAGCCGCCCAGCGCGCGGAGCCCGGCUACUGGCGAACCCCUGAGACCUUCCCCCUCCGCGUGCGGCGGCGCAGAGCCGGAGCAUCCGCGGAGCCCCGGGCGCUGCUGACCGCUGAGGGGCUGCCCCGCGCUCCGCCGCAGGGGCGGUGGCGAGAUGGCCGCGCGGGUGGGCCUCCUGCUGCGCGCCCUGCUGCUGCUGCUGUGGGGCGGCCUGGACGCCCAGCUCGCGGAGCGCACAAGCCAGGAGCUGCGCAGGGAGGCGGAGGCAUUCCUGGAGAGGUACGGCUACCUCAGUGAGCAGGCCUCCAAGUCUCCCUCCUUGCGACUCAGCAGUGCCAUCAGGGAGUUCCAGUGGGUGUCCCAGCUGCCGGUCAGCGGUGUGCUGGACCCCGCCACCCUGCGCCAGAUGGCACAGCCUCGCUGCGGGGUUGCGGAUACCGACGGUCAGGCAGCCUGGGCCGACAGGGUCAGUGCCCUGUUCGCUGGACGCCGGGCCAAAAUGCGUAGGAAACGCUUUGCAAAGCAAGGCAGCAAGUGGUACAAGCAGCACCUCUCCUACCGCCUGGUGAACUGGCCGCAGCACCUGCCGGAGCCGGCGGUCCGAGGGGCUGUGCGCGCCGCCUUCCAGGUGUGGAGCAAUGUCUCGGCGCUGGAGUUCUGGGAAGCCCCGGCCACCGGCCCCGCCGACAUCCGCCUCACCUUCUUCCAAGGGGACCACAACGACGGGCUGAGCAACGCCUUCGAUGGCCCAGGGGGCGCCCUAGCGCACGCCUUUCUGCCCCGCCGGGGCGAAGCUCAUUUCGACCAAGAGGAGCACUGGUCCCUGAGCCGCCACCGCGGGCGCAACCUGUUCGUGGUGCUGGCGCACGAAAUCGGCCACACGCUCGGCCUGGCCCACUCGCCCGCGCCGCGCGCGCUCAUGGCGCCCUACUACAAGAGGCUGGGCCGCGACGCGCUGCUCAGCUGGGACGACGUGCUGGCGGUGCAGAGCCUGUACGGGAAGCCCCAGGGGGGCUCUGUGACUACCCAGCUUCCAGGAAAGCUGUUCACUGACUUUGAGGCCUGGAACCCCCACAUACCCCAGGGAAGGCACCCGGAAACCCAAGUUCCUAAAUAUUGCCACUCUUCCUUCGAUGCCAUUACUGUAGAUGAGCAACAGAGACUGUACAUCUUUCAAGGGAGCCACUUCUGGGUGGUGGCAGCUGAUGGCAAUGCCUCAGAGCCCCACCCACUGCAGGAAAGGUGGGCCGGGCUGCCCCCCAACAUCGAGGCCGCUGCAGUGUCGUUGGAGAGUGGAGACUUCUACUUCUUCAAAGGGAGUCGAUGCUGGAGGUUCCGGGGCUCCGAGCCAGUGUGGGGGUCCCCGCAGCCGUGCCGCACGGGGGGCCUGCCCCGUCACCCCGACGCAGCCCUCUUCUUUCCUCCUCUGAGCCGCCUGGUCCUCUUCAAGGGCGCCCGCUACUAUGUGCUGGCCCGAGGGGGGCUGCAGGUGGAGCCCUACUACCCUCGAGGCCUGCAGGACUGGGGUGGCGUCCCCGAAGAGGUCAGCGGUGCCCUGCCCCAGCCAGACGGCUCCGUCAUCUUCUUCAGAGAUGACCGCUACUGGCACCUGGACCAGAACAAACUACGGGUGACCGCCUCGGGCCGCUGGGCGGCAGAGCUGCCCUGGAUGGGCUGCUGGCACGUCAACUCGGGGGGCGCCCUGUUCUGAAGGCACACCCACCUCUCCGAGAACGGUGGGUGCUCCCGUGGCCGACGUGGGCUCCCUGCCCUGGGGGCAGAAGCUGCUUUGGAAGCCUCAGUACCUCCCUGCCGAAGACCCAGCAGAGACGUUUGUCUGCAUUUGUGCCUGGAGAAUGUGGCAUCGUCUCGGUGCUGUCCCCACCCCAGGGUCCAUCCCAGGAGAAGCCAAAAUGGGUCCCAGACUCCACGGCUGUUUCUCCAAAGACUCUUUCCUCCCCAGGCCUUGGGGAUCUGCCUUUUUCUGCGAAGGGCGCAGUUCCUGUAUGAGAGGUGGCGGCACUGGGCAACCAGGGAGGACGCAAGUGUCGGCUGAGGGGUCGGGGCCACUCUGCAAGGCUGUCGCCUUCCCUUCGGGACCUUCUGGCUCAAUUCUUGGAGAAUCCUAUUGUAUUUAACCAGAGGCCCCACCCCAGGAAGCCUGGAUGGGUUGGGUGUGAGGGUUUCCCACCUCAAAGGCCCUGAGGAGGGUCAGGACCCAGAGCCAGAGGGAGGUGGCUGCUGUGCUGCUGGGCCCCAGUUUUUUGCAGGAGCCUGGAAUAAAGAGGUGUCUCCAGCUGGUGACACCAGCCUUCCUUGGAAUAAUUUCCAGUGAGAGCAGGUGGGCAUGGAUGCUGGGGAGGCAGAGGCCAUGUUCUUCCCACCAAGCAAGGACUUGCAGGCUGUGUGUGUGGGGUGGGGAGGGGUUCUGAUGGGAAGAGGGGGCCUGCCUCUCUUCAAAAACUAAAGGUCCUUGCCCUGCACCGCCCGCCUCCCCCGGGGCCCCCAGCCCUCAGGCCAGACGGAGAACCACGUUUGGCAGGGAGAGGACAGGGGCCUCUCUGGAGGUCUGCACUGCUGCUGGCGCUGCGGACUCUGCAGGCGGGGAAGGCCUUGUGCGCACAGUCGCCCCAUUCUCCAGGCCGCACACGCCGCAUUCCAGGGGCUCCUGCCGGCUGCCCAAGAAUAGCUGGGAUUCCUGGAGGAGGCACCAGCUCCCGGCGCCGCGGUGCCUUCAGCCUCAGCCAGUGUCAGCGUUUUAGCAUCAGGUUCUCGGGUCCUCCACCUCCCACUCCCCUGCCCACCCCGCCACACAUGCCGGUGUCUCAUUUGCGUGCUCAGUGACCUCAGCCAGGGAACGGGGAGAAUGGUUUGGCAAGGUUCGGCCCUCAGCUCCCCACGGGCAUUCCUGGCCCUGUGCCUUCACUUUUAAUUUUAUUUCUCUGCACAGUGGGGACCAUGGCCUUUGCCUGCCCUUGGAUGCCAGUGCUUUGCGCCGCCCUGUCCUGGGGGAGGCGGAGGGAGGAGGCUCGCCGCGUGCCCUGUUCUCUGGCUUGAACCCCUACAGAGGGCAAGGAGGGUCAACUUCACCCCCCCCAGCCGCCUCGCCCCCACCUCAAGGCACUGACACUUCGCUUACAGCUUUAUUGGAUGAUCUGAGUGGAAGGAGCAGGUUUCUCAGAGGGGUGAGAGAACCCGAGGUUAUUUUCUCCAGGCAUGCUUCUGCCGCCAGAAGGACCUGAAAUACCCAAGAGAUGAAUGUGAGGCUGUGCCAGGGGACGCGAGUCAGGUGGGCAAUAGGCCCUGGACGCUGCCAGGGGACCGGAGCCCCCAGGAGCUCUACGGGAGGAAUGGAGCUCCAGGUGACGUUGGGUCCCGCCAUUGGCCACAUAGAAGGUGGGUCAGCUUGUGUAAGAGGGGGCGUUCCCGGAGAGCGGCUCUGACAGGGGGCAGCGCUGGGCUGUGCUGGAGAGCGCUCGGCGUCAGGGGACAGGACAGGAGGAAGUUUCAGGGA